AUGGUGUUCAUCCUGGGAGUCAACUUCAAUGAGCACAAGCUCGUCCAGAAAGCUCUCGAGAGCUUCUACGGCCUAGGCCAGCAGGCCUCUGCCCGCAUUCUGGCCAAAUACUCGAUCCACCCGCGCGCCAAGAUGGGCACCCUCCCGCCCAAGAUCGUCACUGCCCUGACGGCCGAACUGUCGACCAUGACGAUCGAGAACGACGCCCGUAGGCUGGUGCUGGACAACAUCAAGCGUCUCCGUGACAUGGGUACCUACCGCGGUCGUCGUCAUGCCAUGGGUCUGCCCGUGCGCGGUCAGCAGACGAGGAACCAGAUCGCCAACGCCAGGAAGCUCAACAAGAUUGAGCGCCACGGUUAA